AUGUCUCCAUUGAGAUGUAUCACACAAGCCUUGUAUCAUUUUCCACCAGUAAGACAAGUUAUUUUUGAAGCCGGUUUAUUUGACUCGUGGGGUGCAGUAUCUGAUCAAUACGAUCCAGCUCUUGAUAAAACGUCUGCGUGUAGCUUACUGAUGGAAGUGGAAAAGCUAUUCUCUGGGUUGGCGCUAUCCAAGCGAUCAUUCAAAAGCUCUCUAUGUGUUGAAAAGGCAUUCAUUGCAUAUCGUCGUCUUAUGAAUCUAGAACUUUCCAAGGAUAUCUCGGACACAUGGGCAUACUUUUUACAUGCAUUGGGGGCCGAAGUACAUUCACUUCGACGCAUGACCCAUAUCCAAGUGCAUCAAGACGAACCUACUCAAACAGGAGAGAGUCUUACUCCAUGCAUUAAUGUUCACCCUGAGCUGGAUCUCUACACAUCACUAGACAAGGUACUGGGACUAUCUCCCAAUCCGAGUGUGGUGCGUGCGUAUAUAUUUUCUCGUGAUGAAAUGAUCAACUCUGGACGGAUUAUGUCACUCAAUUUCCGCUCUCCAGCUGAAAAUCAGUCAGAGUGUGUCACUGCACACACAAGGCUAUUUAUUGAUAGAUAUCUUGGUCGAAAUUUUGAUUUUGUAUCUGGAUUAGUGCGUCAGCGUGUUUCUUAUGCUUUGGAAUUGGAAUCGUGUCGUCAUCAACUGGACAAGUACAGUCAGAACGAGCUUGACAUUAUCAAGAUAACAGUCGAGUUUUUAAAAAGUCAAUCUGAUUUGGGAUCUGAAGAGCUGAUUGCCAAUAUGGAGGGGAUACAUGAAUCCAUACUUCAAACAGUUUUAAAGUUGCAAUCCAAAAUCAAAGUUCUUGAAAAUAAUAUUGCCAAUGUAUUUAAUAUUCCCGAACUUCAACGAGUGCCAUUCGACAUUUAUGCAAUUUUUGUGUUGGAUAACUCCAAGACAGUCGUGUAUAUUCGAAGAUUUUUAACCAAAACAUGCUUGGAGACCAACCCAGAUUCAUGCAAUACCACAUGGACUCGAUUUGCUGAUGCUGAUACAACCUUGGUUUCAAAUGAGCAUAUUCAUACACUGAAGAACAUUACUGCAAUUUGGUACACCUAUGGAGUGGCUUAUACGGACGACAUUAAUGAAACGAGUUCAGUAGUACCAGAAUCACUCAAGUCUUUUGUACAGAUUGACAAUAAUGCAUUUGAUGUCGAACUACAAGAAUGGACUCGAUCACAUGAAACAUCAUUUGUUAGUUUAAACCCAACAAUUCGAACAGGGCGUGAGUCUAACCCUAAAUUGGCAGACAUAUCUACAUUAAUGGAUGAAUGA